AUGCACCUAUCUCGAGCUCUCCUGAUGAUCGCAGCCGCCUUGCUGGCUACCAGCAACGCUCUGUCGAACUCUAACGCCGCCUCGACCUCCAACACUGCUCUUCCAAGUGAUUCAGCCCAACGGCUACUUCGAGCUCACGCUUCUCACGACACGACUGCUGCCGAAGAAGAAAGGCACGCCCCUUUCGAGCGAGUCAACUCGUUGGCUAAAAAAUACGACAUUGAUCUUGGAAAAGCCGCCGCUGACGUGAGUUAUUUUCUUACCCUGGACAAGCAACUCCUGCAAGAGUACCAGACUGCGCUGGCCAAAUUACACGAGGCGUACAGGCCGAACAAAAACCCGCGAUGA